GGUUUUUUCAGUAUUGGAACCAUUUGUGAGAGAGAGACUGAGCGAGAAUGGAGACGAUGUGGAUAUAGUGAUACAAACAGUCUGUACAAAUGGCGCUUCCCGAUUUCAUUUAGCGGACGCGAUGGGGCCCUUAGAAAACUCACGCCCAGUGUAGUUGUUUGUGCGGGGUGAUAGAGAAGAGUGAGUGUGGGCGUGGGUGCUUGUGGAGAGAUGGCGUCGACAGCCCCGCGCCCCGACACCCACCCUCAGGACCCUCCUGCUACUGCUACUGCUACUGCUACUCCUGCUGCUGCUGCUACGCCUUCUGCUGCUGCUGCUGCUGUAGCAGCAGCAGCAGCUCCUCCGCCAGCCACCAUGGCCGCAGUUGCAGCAGCUGCAAGCCCCCAGAAAACCCCACAGCAGCAGCAGCAGCAGGGGCAGCCCUUCGAGCCCAUGGACAAGUCCGUCAGCCAGACGGUGAAGCUGAACCCCAAAUUGGAGUUGAGCCGCACCGAUCUUCUCAAAUUGCUGUCGUACAUGGAGGCUGAGCUUCAGUCUCGUGAUGUUGUCAUAGCAACACUCAAGACUGAGCGUGUGAAAAACUUGCUUCAGUAUGGCCGAGUAGGGCUGAGCGAUCCAUUUCUGGCCCUUCAGCGAGACAGCAUUGGUGGAUCUGUUGUUCGUGGUGGGGGAGUUAAUGAAGCAGAGCUCCGUGCCCUGGAAGAAACGCAGCUGUCGCAAUUAGAGCAUCUGAUAGCUCAGCAGAGGAAGGCACACCAGCGAAUGCGUCAUGUGUUGAGAGAAGCAGAGAAGCGGCACUCGAGAGUUGUUGCAGAGUUAGAAGAAGAAAGAAGAAAGCAUGAACAUGACACAGCACAGGGAGAUGAUGUUACUUAUGCCCUAGAAAAAGAUAGAACUCGUUUAAAGCAGCCUGAGUUGAGGAUGGUUAAGGAACUGGAAUCCGAGAAAGCGGCCAAGAAGAAAGCAGAAAAAGAGUUGCGCAAAGUUCAGGAGACAUUAGAAGAAGAAAGGGGCAGACAGAAACAAAUAAUUCUCAUGCUGGUAGAAGAACGCAAAAGAUUGGCGUUGCAGUAUGUGGAAGAACGAAAACGAUCAGAAGAUUUAGCACAGAUUUUAUCUGAAGAAAAGGGAAGAAUUGAUUCCAUGGCAGAAGGUUUAGAGGAGGAGAGUAAAAAAUCAUUACAAAUGGAAGCCGAACUUGAAAAGCAGUUAGCAGAUUUUGAUACAGAAAGGCAGCAAAUGAGGGCACAAUUAACUAAAAAAGAAGAAAGAAUUAAUGAAUUAGAAGCGUUGCUAGAGAAGCUACAACGUGAUGUGGACCAUUAUAAGAAGCAGCUUCAGGAGGCUCACAACGUAGCAAUGUUUCAGCAAACCCUGUCAGUAUCUCCUCCACGUAUUGGCAUUGCUACUCGACCUUCUCCACCACAAUUGCCAGCUAAGCCUGCAGCUCUUACUCAACCGCAGCCAAGGAUGCCUGGUGCUUUAACGCCGCCUAAAGUAGCACCUCGUGUGAGGGCAUCAUCUCCUGGUAUUGAUGAAGUGACGGGAGUGCCCAUGAGCUUGGGAAUGAGUGCAGCUCAGCACCAUGUGACAGCUGGGUCACUUUCAACCACUGGAGGGGGCAAUCCUGCUCAUGCUGUAGCUCCUGGUGUAGCUGCCAUGAGCAGUGUAACUAAGGCUGUGCAACUGACUGCCACUGUUAAUUCUGUUCCUGUGGCUGGUCCAACUACGGGUAUUGCUCGAGGGGUACAACCGGGUGUUGGAUUAAGGCCAGUCAUGUAUAGUGUUUCAACCUCAGAAGUGACACGAACUGUAACUACUGCAUCUAAAAGCUACAGCGUAAGUGAAAAUGAGAGUAGCUGGACGGGGGGUGGUGAAGGUGAAGGCCCAGCAAGCUUACCAGCUGGUAUGGCUGGCACUGUUGAACGUGGACUAGUGCGGGUCACUGGGCCAGGGGACGUGCGAGGUCAAGCCCAGGUGGUGCAAGUAACUCCUCGUGUAAAUGUAUCGGCUUCACCUGGCACCAAAGUAAUCACAACCACUCAUGGAGGAAAAGUGACCUUCCAUGUCACCACUAUUGCUCCUACCACUACAGCAACUUCAGCCUCAUCAGCACCGAAUGGUCAACAGCAACAAGCUCUUCCUCAGACGUCGACAAUGAUCAAGAAACCACCUCCCCCUGCUAGAUCUACCCAACCUGGGGGACCACCACCACCUGUACCUUUAAAUAAACCUUUGGCGGUACCCCCUGUACCCCCCAAUAAACCAGCAGUGCCCCCUAAGAAAGAUUUGGUGACACGUGUUGGGGCUGGUGGUUCCGGUGUGUCCGUUGAACCGGGGACACCCAUUAGUGUAGAAGUUAAACCUCAGAAGGUGGGUUCACAGACACUCAAAUUUGGAAUAACAAUAUCAAAGACAAGUGGAAACCAACCCAUUGGUUCUAGUGGAAGUAGUGGUCAAGCAGUUGUUGGUGUAGGACCAGGGGGUUCAGGGGGGGGAUCUGAAACCCCAGUUGCUCCAACUGUUGAAGGGGGAGCAAUUUCCCCGAGGAGAGAUGCGGCGCAGGUUGGUGGAGGAGGUCCCCCGGUGCAUGCAACUGCCUGUGUGGACUCCCUCUCUCCUGAACUAGAGCACUUCCACCAGUUGCUCAUUAGCAUGGCAGGUUCCUCAAACAUAGCAGCACCAACCUCACCCAACCUAGCUCCUAAACACCCCAGUCCAAGUAAUUCACAAGUUUGUCUCAUCCUCUCUUCCUCUUCUCCAAUCCCAUCCUCACCUGUAUCAUCUCCAACCCAUCCAUCUUCUCCACUACUGCCACCUCUUUCUCCUCCCCCUCCCCCACCCCCUCCACAGUCUGCUAAGAUAGAUAUCGGUGAUGGGGGUAUUGCAUUACCUCCUGUGUCUCCUUUAGCACCUUCACCACAUGCUUUUGGCUUUUCGUCAGAUCCCUCUUCUGUAGUUACUGCAGCAACGGCAGCUUUACCAAAGUCAUCUGCAUCACCUUCUGUUUCACCUCCACCUCUACCAUCAUCAUCUCCCCCACCCCUACUCUCAUUAUCUUCAAUGUCAUCAGAGGUUCUAACAUCAGUGAGUAAUAAAAUUGUAGCUCCUCUGUCUAGCAUAGCCCCAGGUUUUUCUACUGUAACCUCUACACAAACUCAAGAUUGUAAUCCUACUGCAUCCCCGUCUGGUCCGCCUCCACCUCUACCUCUAUCUGAUCCUCCUAUUUUGCUGGCCCCUUUGGAUGGUGAAGAAUUAGAGCCCCCUCACUCCCCAUUAGAUGUAUCUACACCUCUUACCAUGGACGGAAUGACUGCCUUACAUCUAGCAGCACAAGGGAACAACUGGCAGUCGGUGCCGGUGCUCGUGAGAUGUGGCGCGAGUGUGGCAGCCGAGGAUGAUGAUGGACGCACGCCCACCUACCUGGCUCUGCUGUAUGCCUGUACCCCAGCUGCUGCUGCCCUGCUUAGUUUUCCCCAAUCAUUAGAACACACUACUAAGGAUGGUUGCAACUUCUUACAUGCUGCUAUAAAAUCGGAUGAAGUGGAAUGUAUAGAGGUGCAACAUAUAUUAGCAACAGAAUUAGGACCAAAUCUGUUGCAUCGUCUUGCCGGAGAACCAGACCAUCGUGGAAACACCCCACUUUCUUUGGCUUUAUCAGCAACCAACUCUCAUAUGGUGGCUGCCCUGAGUCAUGCAGGCCUUGAUUUACCAGCCUUACUUAGUCACAACCCCAAGCUUCUAAGUGUGGCAUCACCUGCAGCGCUAGCUUUUAUAUCAAACACAGACAGGAGUGAAUGCACUUGCUCCGUUUGGCUGGAAGGUAUAGAUAUUGACAGGCUUGUUGAAGGGGAUCCAGGAACUAGGAGUAAUGGAGAUGAUGGCUUUAUCAAAGAAGAAGGGAAGAGUAAUUGUCUUUGGGCCAUAGGAGCUGUGCGUGUCACUCCUGCGACUCUGUGGCCGGCCUUAGGAACGUUGACAUCCCUUGCUCGCCAUCACUGGGAAGCCUUAGCAAGGACUCAAGGUUAUGGGCAGAACUCAACUGGCAGUUGUCGUCGUAACGCUCAACCUCGGGGGGAGAGAAGGCGAUCAGACCCAUUGCAAGAAGUUGAAGUGAGCGCAUCAUUCCUGGGGCUUAACAAGUCUGCUAUCAGUCAUUUUUCAAUUGGGCACCACAAGUGGAGUAGAGGGGAGUAUGGCUUGGUAAGUGGACCUUAUGAUUUAUUGGUAAAUAAUCAUGCUCAGGAUAUCCGUAUCCAUCUACAUACUCUUGAAGCUGCUGCCUAUACGCUUCUAGUUCCAGUGCCAAUCCUCAAAAAUUAUUUGCGACUGAUGGAGCAGUGUCAGUGUGUGGUAGUUUAUGGACCACAAGACAGUGGCAAACGUUUUCUCGUCAGAUGUUUAGCCCAUUUGAGAGUUGGAGGCAACAUUGCAGUCACCAGGAUUGAUUUGGGGGGUGGCACAGUCUCUUCUACUGAGUCAGUCAGAGGUGUUGUUGAAAGUGGAGGGAGUUUAGUUGUCAUGGAACGUGUGUCUAGAGAAGCUUGGCCUGGUGUCUGGGGUGUGGUGAAAGGAGUCAACAGUGGAACAGUAUUGGUCACCAUGGAUGCAUGGAGACGACCUGGUGGUGGACAGCUAGAAGGUGGAGUAUUGUGGGUUCAAUUACGCCAUGACAGGGAGCCUUUAGUAGCUACCCUUUCUCGUUCACUCAUGCGUCAUGUUGCUUCAUUACAUGGUGGUGUGUUCCCCUCACCUUCCUCACACAUGCAGAAAGCAAUUGAAUGGGUAGCAGGAGCCUGGGGAAGAUUGGCAGCAACACUUAUGGCUCUAGGCUUUUCAUCUGCUCUUCAUGGCCCACAUCUAUUCACACAGACUUUGUUGACAGCCAACAAUCCAAGAGAUUUACUGAGAGGGGUAGAGCAUUUGUGGAAUAAUAUCAUUGCAAUGGAAAUUAGGACUGAAGUGGUUAGUGUAUGGCGGAGAUCUAGUGUUGGUUGUGAAGUGGAUGAGGCUAGAGUGACCAGCAUGGCUUUGUAUGUUGUUAUUCAGCGUAGCUUGGCUCCUGGCUUGCCGCUACCCACAGCAGAGGCACACAACUUCUUGGCAGCUCUAGAUGGGGGUUUAGGAAGGUCUGCUUUCCGUGGAAUUAAGUCCCCUCUACCACCUCCCCGGCCCAAAGAUCUACCACUUGAAUUAAUAGGAAGCACUCAGACAGGUGGUUCAAAGUUUGAAAAGGUUGAAUCCUCUCACCAUUUAGGUUCAUCUGUGGGUCUAGCAUCACCAACAUCACCAGAGUGGGAUGAAGCUAAUCUUACAAAAAUUUUAGGUCUUUCACCAAUGGGAUAUGCGUAACAUUGCCUUUCCAGGUUAGCUCCCCGUUAUGUUAUUCAAAUGGCAGCAUUUCUUCUGUAAACUUCUUGAGAGUGCUGCUUUCUUAUUAAAGUCACUUGCCAAGUUCCCUUUAUCUGUUCCUUUAAACAGAGGAGUUUAUAACUGAAAUUUGUGGUCAUUGAGUUAGUCAUAAAAUGCCAUUAGGUUCGGCCUUCAGGAAGCAAAAUUACUGAGUAAUUAAUCAUUUUUUUGACAUUAUUUAUAUAAAUAAGGUUAUUUUAUUUUAAUGGCUGAUUUGCCUCCUGGUGUUAUUGCUCAAUGCUGCAUACUGUUUAGGUGCUAUGUGAUUGUUGCGAGUGAAUAAGCAAAGAGCAGCUAACUUCUUGGCCAUGUGAAAAUAGUGGAUGUUUUUUGUUUGAUGUGUGAAAAGGUUAUGUCUUAUGUAUAUAUCCAGCAGAAAAGAAUGCCUACCCAUCACUGAUAAUUUGGCAGUAGUUAUCCUAAUAUCUUAUAGAUUAUUGGAGCAGCUUGAUGUGAUAAUAAACUAUGUUCUUCCAGUGGUUUGAACUAAUUUUUAUUUCAUAAUAUUAAAUGCAGAGCCUUUUUUCAUAUUGUUUUAAAUGGUUAAAUCAUCUUGAAAGCAUUAAUGCACUUUAGGAAGAUCACAGACCAAAUGAAUUUUUUUGCUAAGAGUUUUUAUGCACAAGCUUAAAAUUGAAAAAACAAUUUUGAUUAAACUGGCUUUGAAAGGGUGAGUUACUGGUUUCAUACCUGUAUUUGUUCAAUUGUUCUGGAUACAUUUUUCAUCAUUUUGGUUUCUGAAAACAUCACCCUUAUAAAUAGUCUGCAUUGCAACAUUUUCUAGAGGAUAGUCAAACAGCACAAGAAGGCAUUGAUUUGACCUUUGGUUUGUGAUCUCCCAAGAGACAUGUUCCUCUUGUAGACAGAAUGACUUGAAAAAACAUUGUCCACCAGAGGAUUAUUGGUGUGCGUUAAAGAUUGUGAUUUAUAGACUGGUGACCUUAUAGAAGGUGAGUUAUCCUUUUAUAUGAUGGUAAUGAUUACAUUAUAUUGGAAAAAUUAUCUAUUAUUUUUUUAGUAUGCUCUUGCACCACAAGAUAAUUUAAACAGAUUUCUUCUACCCGACUUCAAGCAUAUCCUCUGUACUUCUGUUUAGAAUUAUAGAGGUGUUACCUUGCUCUGUGGAAGUUGCUGCCUUUGGUAUAGAUACUUUUUGCAGUGUUUUAUUUUCUAAGUAAAACCUGGUCAUUACAUUGUCGUCUUUGGUGAUUAUAUGUACAAAUCCUGAUAUAUUACCCAUGUAAGUAUUGUUCAAAAUUAUCCUAAGUACGGUAUAAUAUCAAGUACCAUUUAAUUUUUGUUCCCUUAUAGAAAUCCAAAACGUGAAACUGCAUGCAGGUAGUUAAAUGUAGUUCAGAUUGGUUGUUAUUUCAAAUUGGUUUUUUACACUAUAGCUUUACCCUAUUAUAUUAUUUUAAAAUUUUCCUGCGACUUGUGUGUUAACGUCUUUGAAACACCUGAGGAUAGAAAUGAUAGUCAUUUGAGAAAAAUUUUUCAGAUUUGGUGCAAAGGGUCAGGUAUUUGUAAUACAAGCUUGCAUUAGUCAUUGUAAGUGCUUCAUGAUAGGAAUCUGUAAAUUCUUAGUUAUCUAUCCCUGAUGUCCGCAGUAUAUUUUUAUGAGGCAUUAACAGGUGUAAGAUCUUUUAUUUCUCUGUCCUAGAGAAGAAUCUACACAAGGGAAUUUAGCAUUAUUAGGUUAAAUAAAAUGUAGGCUUAGUAAUAUAUUGCAGCAGUCAGUGGGUGGGAAGGUUUACUAGAUAAAUUUUUGUGUUGGUGGUACUUAACAUAUUAAUGAAAAGACAAAUCAAAAAUGUUUUCCAUAUCUUCAGUCUAAAAUGUUUUUAAUGAAACAAAAACUUUCUAGUCUUGUUAGUUUUAUAAUGUAUUUAUUCAGAUUUGUUUGAGUAUGCAUCCAUGUGAAAUGUUAGAAUAGUGUGAGAAGCCCAAAUACUACAAUGUUAUUUUGAGAAUUGAGAGUACGGUAUACUUAUCAGUUUCAUCUUCUGAUUAUAACUCGUUUGAAUUUUAAGUACAGUUUCAUAUAGGCCACAAGUGAACACAAUUAUUUUUUUCCAGUAAUGUAAUGAUUAAUAUUAAAAUGUAACCAACUGGUGCCUUUACUAAGGUUACCAGUUCCACUAAACACAGUUUUAGUUUCAUAACGUGCCCAUAGUAUGACAUUAUUAAAUGUCACUCAAGAACAGGUAUCAUUAGGCAAGUGACUUACCUUGACCCUAAACCAAGAUGUUUUCAUUAUUGGAAUUAUCUUGGCUAAUCAUUAGUUUUUAUGCUGGCAGUAUGACAACCUACAUCUCAAUUUUAUAGCAGUAAAAGUACUAUUGUCAUUACUAACUACUACCAUCUCAAGUUUAGCACAAGAGUUCUUCCUUUGAGACAUGUAAUGGAGCAAGACAUUCAUUCUGUGAAUGUAUGUACAUUUAUGGAGCACACAAAUACCAUGUAGGUGAGGUCAUAUGAGACUUUACGGGUCAACAUGCCAGUUUCACACAUUUUGCUACUUAAUCAAAUUUGUAUAGUGGAGAUGUGGUCAGGUUGGGAACAAUCAUUAUCCAAGAUGUAGUUAAUGAGUCAAAGUGCUGUUAGGGUUAAUCAAUAAUGGCACAUGUUGAUUCUAUAAGGAUCAGUAAGCAAGGUGUUAAUAUAUAGAAGGUAUAUUUAUAUUUACAAAAAAAAAGGUAUUGAACCUUGAAUCUUUUUGUAUAUUUGCUGAAGGAAAAAAUCAUUCCUUAUGAAGGUGAAAUAUUUCUUCAUCUAGCCUUUUACUAUCUGGUAAUUCUCUAGUGUCUGGAAAAUCAGCAGGUGUAACUGAACUUUGUUUUAAACCAGGAAGGAAUGUCCCUAUGAAAGUACAAUGAGGCUAUGCAGUGAGGCAUAUCUGUGUCGUAUGACAUCUUUCAGGAAGAGCUAUUUGUUGUCUAAUGAGCAUUACUCACAGCUCAUUCUUGGUGUGGUUCACUGUUGAAAUUCUAAAAGCUGAUAAAAUGUUUGUAUCCACUGUAAAUUCAUUGCAUCUAUUGUAAACUAUAUGAACUGAUGUACUAGUUACCUUGCCUAGCUCCUCCUCCUCAUAAUCAUUUUUGUAAACAUGCUUUUGAAACUAAUUAACCCAUUAUAUGACAUUUAAUGGCAAUAGAAAAAUCUAUUGUGAAAUAGUGUUGGAAAAUUUAGCUGUAGGAAAUUAACAAAUGACAUGAGUGUUUUAUAGAGGAGCAAGUCAAGAUAUGUAUCUAUUAAAUGAUGUACAUCUUGGUCACUAAGCAUUGCAUACAUGAAUCCACCAAUAUAGGGACUGAGACCUUGAAGCUGUCUGUUAUCAAAAUAAGAAUCUCUCAAUUGUACAGUAUAUGUAUGUACAGACCAUUGUAAACAAAGGGUAUGUAUUUUAAAAUGUACAAUUCAUGUAUUUAGCUAUCGUAUAAAGUGUACAGUUCUCUUUUUUUCCUAAUAAAAUGUAAAGUUGUUAAAAGAU